AUGAACGUAUCGGAGGAUUGUGUCCUCUGUUCUUCGGGUCGCGAGACGCAUCAUCACCUCUUCUUCGAGUGUCCCUACUCAGCCACAGUUUGGGGUCAGCUAGCGGCUAGGAUCUGGCCAAACCCUCCCUCAGACAUUCACUCUGCUGCAGCGUGGAUCUCACUCAACCGGCAUCGUCAGAACUCUCAAGCUCAGACGGUUAGCAAGCUUCUUCUCCAAUCGGCGGUCUACCUUAUCUGGCGAGAGAGGAAUGCGAGAAUCUUCACCGGAAAGGCGACUCCGGCAACUACGUUGAGAGUCUCUAUUGACCGGCUCAUGCGUGACAGGCUGCUUUCUUUCCCGUCUCAGAGUGUUUUCCGCUCCUCUCUGUUGGAAUUCUACUUCUUCUGCUUCAGGCCUCCUUGA